AUUAUUUACAAAAUGUCUGACGACUGAGAUUUCGAAUACGAAUCUGACGGAGGUUGGUCCGACCCAGAAGGCGAUGAAGAGCCAGAUGAGCAAGAAGCCCUUAUCAUAAACACAUUCUAUGAAGCUGAACAAAACAAAGAUUCAAACCCAGAAGAAGCUCUAUCCAAAUUUGAGAAAGUUAUUGAACUGGAAGCUGAAAAAGGAACCAAUGAGAACACCUUCGCUUCUCUCGAGCACAUCAUCGUUAUUUCUUGUAGACUAGGAAAGCUAGAUAAAGCUUUGGAGCAUCAUGACAACCUUCUGGGAAUGGUCGAUCAGGUUGCCAAAAACGAUAAAAGUUCAGCUAUCACGAAUAUCUUAGAAGCAGUCAACGAAGCUGGAGAUAGUGGAUUCAAAGCCAAAUUCUUUGAUAAAACUUUGGCUAUCCUUAAAGACUCUGACAAUAAGAUGUGGUUAGAAAUCCAGAUUAAGCUAGGAAAGCUUUAUCUUCAAGCUACAGAAUAUGAUAAACUCAACGAUCUCAUAUCAGAAUUAAAGAAAACUUGCACUAGUGGAGAUGACUCCAAAGGAGAUUUCAGCCAGUACAACUCAUAUCUUAUGGAAGUUUAUUGCCUAGAGAUGCAGUUGUGAGCUGAAACUAAUGACAUCAAAAGAAUGAGAGACAUUUACCCCAAAACCGAACAACUCUCCACUGUCAUCAACGAUCCCAGAGUCUCAGGCGUCAUCAAAGAACAUGGAGGCAAACUCUACAUGAUUGAGAAGCAAUGGAAGAAAGCAUGAGAUGAACUCUUCGAAGCCUUUAAGUGCUACCAAGAAGUGGCAAACUCUAGCGCUAAGACCAUCCUGAAGUAUGUGAUCUUAGCUUCAAUCAUAUCUGAGUCUGAGAUCAACUACGCAGAGACCCAGGAGGCCAAAGUGUAUCAGGAAGACAAGGAAAUUGGGGCGCUGAUGAGCCUCAGACAGGCUUACGAGAAGGAUGAUUACAAUGACAUCUUUGAUAUUCUCAGCAAAAUCAAGAAGGAUGAUUUCAUGAAUAAAUGAUUAGAUGAUUUCAUGAGAAAUAUCAGAUUAAAUGCAUUAGUGCUUAAAGUCAAACCUUAUCAUACAGUAGAGCUAAGCUAUCUUGCUGAUGAACUUAAAAUUUCAGAGAAAGAAGUCAAAACUCUCUUAGUUGAGCUUAUUUUGGAUCAAAGAUUAGAUGCAAAAAUUGAUCAAUCUGAAGGAAAGAAUGCUAAGACCUACUUAGAAAUUAACUCAGCCAAGAAGGAUGCCAUUUCAAAGAGAAAGCACCAAGCCAUCAGUGGAUGGUUGGACAGUCUAUCAGACUUAAACGAGAAGGUUAUUUUGAAUAGAUCGUAAUUCCAUCAGGGUCUUAAUUGUAGAGAAUUUCAAUUG